GUCCAAAGGGGCCAAAGGGGGAGGACCAAAAAGGACCCGGGGAAGGCCACAAGGGCCCCGGGAAAAACCAGGUCCCCGGACCAAACAAAGGGAAAAAGGUCCAAGGGCCAAGGACCAAGACCCCGGAAAAACCAGGGAAACCCAAAAGGGCCCAGGACAGCAAAGGCCCGGCCCAGAACCCCGGACCCCGGACCCCGCAAGAAACCCGGACCAGGACAAAAGGCCAAGGAAACCAAAGGACCCCGGGGUCCCGGACCAAAAUCCCCAAGGGCCAAGGACCAGGACCCAAAGGGCCAAAAAGGGCCCAACAAGGACCAAACCAAAGGGCCCGGGCCAAACCAAAGGACAGCAAGGGCCAAGGGCCAAAACCAGGACAAAGGAAACCCGAGCCCAAACCCCGGAACCCCAAGACCAACAAGGACCCAAAAGCCCGGAAACCCGGACCAAGAACCCCGAAGGGCAGGGGAAGGUCCCCAAAGGCCACAGAACCAAGGCCAAGGGGCAAAACAGGGCCAAGGCCAAAGGGGGAGGGCCAGGGACAAAAACCCGGACACGGAACGGGAACCGGAUUUUUCCGGGCCAGGAACCGGAAAAUCCCGGGAAGGAAACCCGGACCCCCGGGCCAAACCCGGGAAACCAACAAACCCCGGGAACCCAAGCCCGGGGCCCAAAAAAGGCAGAUCCCGGACAUUGGAAAAAAAAGGAAUUCCCCCCCCGGGCCAAAAAAGGGGACCACGGGCCAACGGAAACCAAAAAUCCCGGAACCACGGCCAGGGCCAAAGGGCCAAGGACCAAAAGGGCCCCGGACCCAAAGGGCCAGGACCAAAGGACCAAGGACCAAAGGCCCAAAAAGGAAACCCAAAAAAGGACCAGAAGGGACCCAAAACCCGCAAAAGGGCCAAAAGGGCUUUAACCCAAGGGGCCCAACAAAACCCCGGGGCCCCCGGGCCAAGGGGGCCAAGGAAACCAAAAAGGGGGAAGGAAAACCCGGACCAAGGCAAAGGACCAAAGGGGCCAAAGAAAAGGGCCCCAAGGGCCCCAAAAACCAAAAAGGGCCCAAAAACCAAGGGACCCAAAAAGGACCAAGGAAACCAAAAACCCGGGACCCCAACCCAAAAGGGCCAAAGUCCCCGGGAACCCGGAAACCCGGACCAAGGAAACCCGAACCAAAGGGGGAAGGGCCCAAGCCAAGGGCCCGGGAAAAGGAAACCGGGGGCCAAAGGAAGGCCAAAGGGCCAGGAAACCCGCAAGGAACAGGACCAACAAGGACAGCAAAAACCCAAAAACCCGGACCAAGCAAGGGCCAAGACCAAAACCAAGGGCCCAAAAAGGACCCCGCAAAAAAGGGCCAAAACCGGCCAAAAGGGCCUAAAGGGCCCCAAAAGGCCAGGCGGGGCCCAAACCAACAAAGGAAACCCCCAACCCCGCAAAAACCCAAGGGACCAACAAGGGGCCCGAAACCCAACAAGGGACAAAGACCCCAGGGCCAAAGGGGCCAAAGGGGGAGGGCCAAAAAAGGACCCAAGGGCCAGGCCCAAGGGCCAAAAAAGGACCAAAAACCCCCGGAAACCAAAGGGGGGAAGGGCCCCGGCCCCGGGCAGGCCAAGACCAAGGGCCCAAGGGCCCAAGGGCAGGGAGCCAAACAAAAGGGCCAAAAAGGGCCCCGGGGAAAGGGGCCAAAAACCCAGGAACCCCGGGGCCCAACCAGGACCAAACCAGAAACCCGGGACCAGGACAGAACCAAGACAAGGACCAAAGGGGCCAGAAGGGCCAAGGCCCCGGACCCGGGCCCCGGACCAAGGGGCCAAAGGGAAAAAGGGGGAAGGGACCCAAAAACCAAGGGGGAGGACCAGGGGGCCAAAAAAGGACCAGGGGAAGGAAACCCCCGGGCCCCGGGCCCGGACCAAACCCCGGAAACCCCGGAAACCAAAAAAGGACCCAAAAAAGGACCAAACAGGGCCAAAAACCCGGGCCAGGACCAAAAACCAACCCGAACCAAAAGACCCCAAAACCCCGAACCAGGAACCCCGAAGGGCCCCGCAAAGGAAACCCGAAAAGGACCAGGGGAAGGGCCAGGGGAAAAAGGAAAACCCGGCCCAAAAACCCAGGCCCAAAAACCAGAACCAAGGCCAAAAGCCCAAAACCGGGCCAAAAGGGCAAAAAAAAAAACCAAGGGCCCCAAAGGCCCGGGCCAGGCCCAAGGCCAGGACCAAAAAAGAACCAAGGGCCAAAAGGGCCCAGCAAGGCCAGGACCUUCCAAGAACCCCGGACCCGGGCCAAAACCAAAAACCAAAGGGGCCAAAAAAAGGCCAGGGCCAAGGACAGGAACCCCGGGGCAAAAUCCAAAAACCAGGACCAACCCAAGGGAAAACCAAAACAGGAAACCAACAAAAAGGGCCAAAAGGACCAACAAGGACCAGCAAGGACCAGGUCCCAGGGCCCCGGAAAAAGGCCCGGAAACCCCAACAAGGAAACCCAAACCAGGGACCAACAAAAGGCCAAAAAGGGCCCAAAAGGGCCAAAAAGGAACAAAGGGCCAAAAGGUCCAAAGGGGCCAACCCAAAGGGCCAAGGGGCAAGAACCAGGGCCAAGGGCCCCAAAAGGGCCAAAGGGCCCAAAGGCCAAAGGCCCAAACCAGGGGCCCAACAAGGCCAAGGCCCAAAAAGGACCAAAAACCAGGGCCCAGGGGAAAAAGAAAACCGAGACCCGGGGCCCAAAACCAGAACCCCGGGCCAGGGACCAAGGCCAAGGAAAAGGACCCGGGGAAAAGACCCCAAAAACCCGGGCCAGAACCCCGCCAAAGACCAAAACCCCAAAACCAAGGGCAAAGCCAAAACCAAGGCCAAAGGCCCCGGACAGAGACCCAAAAAGGCCCCGGAACCAGGGCCCAGAGACCAGGGCCAGGGAGACCCAGGGGAACCCAAAACCAGAAAAACCCAAACCCAAAACAAACCCCAAAAACCCAGGGCCCAAAAGGGCCCCAAAAUAAACCAGAACCAGAGACCAGGGCCCAAGCCAAACCCCAAAAACCCCGGGCCCCAAACCAGCAAAAAAUCCAGGAAAACCAAAACCCAAAACCAACAGGAACCCGGCCCAAAGGAACCCGAGACCAAAAAGGCCAAAAGGCCAGCAAAACCAGCCCCCCGGGCCCGGGGGGAGGGACCCCGGGCCAGGGGGGACCAGGGGAAGGCCAAGGGGGAAGGGGCCAAACCCCGGGCCAAAGGAAAAACAAGGAACCCCGCAAGGGACAAAGGGCCCCGGGACCAAAGGCCAAGGCCCAAAGGGGGAGGGCCAGCAAGGGCCCAAAAAGGACCCCGCAAGGAACCCAAAACCCCAAAGGGGCCCAGAACCCAGGGGAAGGCCCCGGGGAAAACCCCAAAGGCCAAAGGACCAGGAACCCCGGGCCAAACCCAAAAACAGAAAAAGGAAACCAAACAGGAAACCCCAAAAACCAAAAAGGCCCAGGCAAAGGGGCCAAGGCCCCAAAAGGGCCCAAGACCAAGGGCCCGGGCCCCGGAAGGACCCAAAAAGGGCCCCGGACCCCGAACCCAAACAAGGAAACCCGGGGAAGGCCCAAGGGCCCCAAAAAGGGGCCAGGACCAGGACAAACAAGGACCCCGGAAGGAAAACCCGCAAAAACCAGGGCCCCGGACCGAGAAAAAGGGGCCAAAACAAGGGCCAGCAAGGGGGGACCCCGAAAAAACCCCGGCCAAGAAACCCGGACCAGGGACCAAGACCCCGGGAAACCAAAGGGCCAAGGGCCAAGGAAAAAAAAAACCAGGACCCCAAAAACCAGCCCGGACCCUUAA